AUGGCCAGCUCCCUCCGCCAUUUCGCCGGCCUCGGCUGUUUCCCCGCCGCGGCGUUUAGCUCUGGCUCCACCUGCUUCCUGCGCCGCGACAUCCCAAACUUCUGCGCCUUUGUGGCGCUCCGUCCGAUCAGGCCGCCCGCCGCUGCCACGGCGCCGGCGAAGCCCCCUGCCUCUCCGUCGCCACCGAUGGAGGAGCACCGGCAGGCCGUUCCGAUCCCGUGCCACAGCGGCGACUCGCCGCCGGCGUUAUCGGCAGCAGCGGUCCCGAAAACGCCGCUGCGGCUGGGGAUCGUUGGGUUUGGCAACUUCGGGCAGUUCAUCGCAGGCGGCGUGCAGCGGCAGGGCCACGCCGUGCUGGCGGCCUCCAGAUCCGACUACUCCGACUAUUGCGCCCGCCAUGACAUUCGCUUCUUCAGGAGCGUCGACGCGCUGUGUGAGGAGCAGCCGGACGUGCUGCUCAUCUGCAGCUCCAUCCUGUCCACGGAAGGCGUCGUCCGAGCCAUCCCCUUCCACAAGCUCCGCCCGGACACCAUCGUCGCCGACGUGCUCUCCGUGAAGGAAUUUCCCCGCAACCUCCUCCUCGAGGUUCUCCCACCCGGAUUUGGGAUCAUCUGUACACACCCGAUGUUUGGGCCGGAGAGCGGUAAACAUGGCUGGGGCAAGCUUCCCUUCGUCUUUGACAAGGUCCGUGUCACGGAAGACGGGGUUCAGGUGGCAAAGUGCGACCAGUUCUUGAGCAUAUUUGAACAGGAGGGAUGUAGGAUGGUGGAGAUGUCAUGCACGGAGCAUGAUCGCUAUGCCGCGGGAAGUCAAUUCAUCACGCACACAAUUGGGAGGGUUUUAUCACAGCUGAACCUCAAGUCAACCCCAAUCAACACCAAGGGUUAUGAGACCUUGCUGCAACUUACCAAGAACACCGUAAGUGACAGUUUCGAUCUGUACCACGGGCUCUUCAUGUACAAUAUCAAUGCCACAGAGCAGCUCGACAACCUGGAAAUGGCAUUUGAGAAGGUGAGACAGAUGCUGUCUGGCAGGCUCCACGACUUCAUACGAAAACAGAUUGUGGAGAGGGCGGCCCCUGUGCCAACGGAUCCUUCAGGAAAAUUGGCAAAUGGUUUGUCCAGUUCUCCUGCAGCUCGCCUCUUAUAG